UACUAAAUAGUACUUGCACUAAACAAUACUUGACUGCAUUCUUGAUAAUAUGACAUACUAAUGGUGCUCUAUAUUAUGUUUUGAGAACAAAAGUUUGGCUUUUAUAGUAACUUUGUUUUAUUGCUGACAAUCUAGAAAAAUAAAAUAUAAUGCUUCGGUUUUCCCAUACUAGGAAACAAGGAAAAUACUUCCUAUGGCUGCUGUCUUACAUAAUCUUCCUUACUUAAACUGCUAUGAGUCAGGAGGUUGACUAUUUUAAUCUUUAUUAGCACAAACAACAACUAAGUGGCCCAAGAUCAAGAUAUUAAUUAUCUAUUCUUAAACAAAGUUUUGAUGAGAUGAUUGACAUUGGUAUCUUCUAUAUAUAAUGAAAGCUCCCCCCCCCUCUGUUUUUUUGUUCUAGGACAGUGGAUAGGAAAUCAGAUAUUACCACAUAGAUUGUCAUUGGCACACUCAACACAACCAAAAUUAUACUGUGAUAAUGUACAAUAUUGUUCAGUAAUAAAUAAAGACUGUUUGAAAUAUAGACAGUGCAACUAAUUAACAAUUAGGCUUUUAUUUUCUGCCAGAAUUUAGUUAAUAUAUAUUUUUAGAUUUCAGUUUCAAAAAUAAAAUUCAAAUAUCAUGCUGCCAUAUUUAAUUUAAAAUAAUUAUAUACACUGAAAUCCAAAAAUACAAUAAAUUCAUAAUGGGAUUGCCCAUGAUUUUAAUGUGAAAUACAGGCAGCUAUAUAUGGAUUGUGAAUUGUACCUAAUUACAUAAAUCUCCAAUUUUUAGAUAAUUUCUCCAUGAAAUAUGUAAAAUUUCAGGAUUCAAACUCUGAAAGACUUUUAUUCAAGAUCUGUGCAGAUUAAAUUCAUAGCACUAAGAAUAAUGAACAAAAUAAUAUAAAAACUUCAAAGGGAUUACUGUACUGUAAAGUGAGUAGCUGUGCAGCAAGUUAGCAAAUAGGAAUUAACCAAAAACACACACAAAAAACCCUUCCUAGAUUUUGAAUAUAUCCAGCAGUGAGGAUAAAAUGCUGGGAUAAUAUAAAUAAUCCAUUGAAAAUGUCAGAUCAGUAUGUGGGUAAAAAAAACAAUUCUAAUAAUUAUUAGAUGGAAAAGUGAAAAUAUAAAACACAGUUUCGUAAUACCUUUAAAUAAAUGCAUGAUGUGGCUACAUCUCAAGUAAUUUUUACAGACCUGCUUGUUUUCUCUGAAAGAAUAAAACUGAAAAUGAUGCAGGAAGAUUACCCAUUACCCAGUCUAAUUGCCCAUUGCCUAAGGAACUACUUCAUAAUGUACAGCAAAUACAUGAUAAUUCGACUGUAAUUAUCUUAACUGAUAAGGGUUUUGGAAAUUUGAUUCAAUAUUUCUAAAUAGUUCCUGCUUGAGGAAGACUACUUUAAGAUCGUAAUAAUAUGAUGAGACAACUAAGUAUGAAUGAGACAUGGAAUGUACAUUUCUCACAAAAUAUAACUGAAGGUUACCACAUGAUAUUGACUGGAAGUUAAUUUACGACGAACUUUAAUACUAGCAGCAAUGAUAACAAAGUAUUACAACCGUUAUUUUCUUCACUCAAUAAUUCAUUUGUAGAAUUUACAACUGUAGAAACUGAGAUAUAUAAAUAUGGAGCUUCCAAUUCAGCAAUUGCCAUAACUAAUGAAAACCUAUAACCACUGCUUAAAUAAGAACUGAAUAUAUUUGUAUAUUUAUUUAUACAAAAGAAAUUUAGAACUUGGAGAUAAUCCCUUUACCCAUGUGUAAACCAUAUUGACCAUCAUUACUAGUAGUAAAUGACUUCCUACUUUUGCAAGAUGUUUGAAAAUAAUUUAAGAAUAGUUAGGGUAUUCUCUUCUUUUCAUAAAAGAUAAAUGCUGCCUCCCCAUUCCUCUUUCAUUUAUAUUUAAAUACACAAAGACAAUAUGAACUAAAUUAAGCAGACUAAUGGUAUCCCAAUAACAUUUGAAAAUAACCAUCAUAACAAAGAAGACAUCUGGUUGUAAUCUAUAAUCUAAUUGGAGGUUAGGAACUGAAAUAAUUUCACCCUAUUGUCAAACUUUAAAUGGGUAAAAAAUCAAAUUUGUAGACAUGGAGUCAAGUGCUGUUUCAUCCAGUCAAGUGAAUAUAGAUUUUGAAUGGAUUAAUAUAAGGUCUUGUAUUAGCACUAUGCUUCAGAAUCAUUGAGUGUUUGUCAAUUUUUGUGAAGACUUCAUUUCUAGUACAAGGGUUAUCACGCUUUAUUUGGAUGAGGGCAGGAAGAGAGGCAAACCUUCGAUAGGGAGCACAUCGAUACAUCUAAGUUGUUAUACUGAGAAAACAAUAAUUUUAGAGGCUAUCUUUUAUUAAGCAAUUUAUUGAAUAUCUGUGAUAUAGGGAAAGAUGUAAAUAGUUCCCUCCUCUUGCUUCCUUACUGAAUGUCUAUUUUUAUUAGGAAGAAAAUACUAAAAGAUUUGUUCAGUUGAGAGAAUAAUCUGUUUAGAUUACAAGAUUUUUUAUUAAUAGAACAGAAUAAAGAUAUCUUGAAUCUUUUGUUACAUGGUACUCUUCCACACUUAACUGACUUCAAUAUUCAAAUAAGUAGCAUAGCAACAAGAAGAUUAGAGGAACAAGGGGAAUACUAAGGCAUUUGACUACAUUUGAAAAUCUUAUGAUUUAUAAUUCACAUUUGCUAUGAUUAAUUAUAUAAUUUUGUUUAUAUUAAUACUUUUUGCAUAAAAUAAAAGGCAAAUCAAAGGAAAAAAGCUAAGAAAAAGUGCAAGAAAGAAAAUUAAAUGAUAACUUCAAUGGAAAAGUUUAAAGAAAACAUGAAUGAUUUCUAAACUUCUUUUGAACAGAUAAUAACAAUCUUAUCCUUUCUCCCUCAUAGUUGUUAUAAUCCCUUCACUCUCAAUUAACUCAUCAUGUUGUUCCCCAUUGGAACCCCAAGUUAACUGGUAGACCCAGUCUUUAGGCUCUUAUGACAGGUCAGGAGGGUUGGGCUAACCUCACAUCAAGAGGGCAAAAAGUUCCAGAGGGCAGGUGCAACAGCAUAGAAGACACUUCUCCUGGGCCCCAUCAGCUGGAAUAAUCAGGCUGAUGCCCAUAGCAUGCCUCCUCUGCCAUUCUGUGAGGUUAGAUGGUCCUUCAAGUACUGGACAUAUGCCAUGAAGAGCUUUACAGGUCAUUACCAAACCUUGAGUUAUACCAGGAAACAGACUGGCAACCAAUGCAGCUCUUUGAGCAGUGGUGUUACACAUGCCAUUCUUUGUGCCCGAAGAACUGCACUGUUACACUCUACACCAGCUGUAGCUUCUGAAUGCUCUUCAAGGGUAGUUCCAUGCAGUGCGCAUUGCAAUAGCCCAACCAUGAAAUGACUAGAUCCUGAACAAUUGAACAUAGAGAUUUCUGAUGCAGGAAAAGCAGCAACUGGCACACAACCUGAAAUUGUGCAAAGGCCCUCCUAUCCAUGACUGCCACCUGCUCUUCAAGCAAAAAUUGUGAAUCCAGAAGAACCCCCAAGUUGUGGAAAUUAUAUAUCUGGGGUAGUGCUACACCAUCUAGUAUCAAAGAUGACAGUGCCAUAUUUCAGGGCCCUGUGUAUAUAAAGCCAUUUGAUCUUGCCACGUUUCAGUCAAAGCCUGUUGUUCCUCAUCCAGGACCUCACAACCUCAAGGUAUUGCAAACAUGGCCAAUGCUGUUUCUGUCCCAUAACUGGGCCUGACUGAAAGGGGUCCAGAUAAUCUGUUUCAUUCAGGACCCUCUGACACUGCCACACCACCACCUACCUUUUUUACAACUUUCCCCUCAAAGGGGAAGUUGGAAACUAGAUGAAAGUUGUCCAAGCAUGUGGCAUCUAGUGAUGGUUUUUUAAGGAGGGAGGGGGAAACCAAGGCCUCCUUAGAAGCCUCUGGAAAUGUUCCCUCCUCUAGUGAUGUAUUAAUUACUGCCUGAAUCCACCUGCCAUGCAUCAUCCUGAAAACUUUCACCCAUCUAAGAGAGACAGAAUCUAACAGGCAGAUGGUGACACCAACAGAUUUAGGACCUUGUUCACUUCAACAGAGUCAAUAGGGUCAAACGGUUCCCAGAUAAUAAGGUAAGACCUCUCCUAAGGAAUCUCAUAUGACCUACUUCCACACAUGGGAUUCAUUCUUCAGCACAUGUCUGUGAAGUUAUGCUUUGCAGUAUUCAAUGACAAUUCACUAUAAGCAAAAAAAUAGUAGAAAAGGUUAUUCAUAAUUUUCUUGGAAUCCACAAUAAAUUGCCAAAAAUAUACAAAAUAGGAGCUGUAAUCUAAAUGACUGUUUACUUAUGAGAAAAUAAAUGUAGAAUUUGGAGGGGUCCCCGGCACCUUUCAAUAGUUAAUUUCUUCCUGGCUUCAUCUAUAUCACACUUCUUUUAAACUCCUUUAUGUUUCAAAACUACUUUUGAGUCUUCUUGGAUCAAGACCUAUAUUUUUUAGAUUUGUUUAAUAAUUAUUGUAACACAUUUUAUUUAUUCCCCACUCCACCCCCAGAAUGACAUACCAAACAGAGCUACAAAAUUCUGAAACUAGUGAAGAGGAACAAAAACUACAAAACUCUGAAUUCUGCAAAGAGGAACAGGAUUUAGCAAAUAUGCUUAUCAUUGAUUUUAAGAAAAUUGAAAGCUUAAAUAUUAGAAUCCCAUGUUCCAUUUGUGAAGAAAUGGUAUACAUCAGUCAACUUUUUCAUCACAAAAAAGUCCACCAAGCUCAAGCUGUACUAGAUUAUCAGUGGCCAUAUGUGGAGCCUAUAGAUAUAAAAAAAAUUAUCCUUCGGAGAAAGCAACUCAUUUUAAGACUGCAAAAAACUGCUCAAUAUCCUGAACGAGAGAUAGAAAAGAUUGGUUGUUCCAUUGAUCUUCUUAAAGAGAGCAUCAAAAUUCCUCCAUACUUUUGCAUCGAUAAUGUUGUUCAAAGUUCGGUGUAUAUUAAAGAUGUAAGCAAUCCGCUGAUUAAAGCCAUAGCAAUUUGUCAAGAUAAAAAUGCUGUUUGGCACACAGAAAUGGAAGAUGUGUUUAUUGUACUAGAUAAUUAUGGGCACAAGAGAGAUACUUGCUUACUUGGACUCUUUGAUGGAAAUAAUGGAAUUUCUGCUGCUCAGUUAACUUCAGAUGAACUUCCUCUUUUACUUCUUGACCAGCUUUCUCAUAAUGAUUCCUCCUAUCAGAUUAGCAAUGCUGAAAAAAACAUGCUUCAUUCUUUUUGCACUAUUUUUAAAGAAGACUAUGAAUUAAAGGAGCAAGUAUUUUCUGUUGCAGAAGCCAGAAGCCAAAACUCACAACCAAAUAAGUAUGAAUGGAUUCAUAGAGCAUUUGCAAAAGCUUUCUGGAGAAUGGAUAGGCUUUUACGUCUUGGACGAGGUGAAGUUUCCAAAGUUUGUUGGAGUAGCUGUACAACUGCCAUAUGUUUAGUAGAAAUGGCAGGCAACAUAAAACAAAACCAAGAAGAACAAGAAGGGGAAGAAACAGUUGAAACAAUAAAUGAUAACGAAGAGCAGAACUUCCUGCAACAUGAGAAGGGGCUGCCUGAACCAAACAGAAUAAUGAUAAGAAGAAUCAUAGAACAAGAAGAACACAAAAUUAUGGAACAGCAGGAAGAGAAGCCACUUGGAAGAGUAAGUGAUGGAGAAGACCAAAAUAACACAGAGCAAGGGGCAGGUUCUCUCACAGAACAUCCUCGAGAACUAUUUACAAGUAUAAAUGAUGGAAUUAAAAAAAGCAUCGUAGUGUCAGAAGAUAAUGAACAAUUGGCAAAGAAUAAAGAUGAGAUCCAGGAAGAAGUUUGGAUUGAAAACAAAGAAAAUUCAGAUGAAAUUGCUGGAAUGAUGCAUAUUGCUAACAUUGGUAUGUAUAAAGUCAUAAAAUUCAGAAUAUUAUGUUUCCCUCCCACUCUCCCAUUUUGUUUCUCUGGUCACAACUCUGUGCUAACACAGCACAAACAAUACUUGUACCUAAAAUAUGAUUAUAUAUUGUCUUCAAAAUUAUAUAAUGAUUUUUUUUUUAAUUUAGGUAAUGUUCAUGCAGUUUUAUGUAAAAAUGGAAAGAGUUAUUGGCUUACUAAAGAACACUCCACAUACUGUAAAGAGGAAAGGAGACGCAUUCUUCAGAAUGGUGGAUCUAUCAGCAGUAAUGAGCCUAAAGGACUAAUAGAAGGACUAAUAAAAAAUACUCGUGGCUUUGGCCAUCAUGGAAACCCAAAGAUAAAGAAAACAGUUAUUCCUGUACCAAAUACAAUCUCUUUCUCUUUUGAUAACUCAUGUCAAUUUUUUAUUAUAGCAACUAAUGGACUCUGGGAAGUUUUGGAUAAAAAUGAAGUUGUGUUAUUAACAAUAACUUUGUUUUCUGCUUACUUGGCAAAAUAUCAACAUGCCCAAUUGAUGAAAAGUUACAUUCCCCAAACUUCAAAGUUAUCUUUGGAAGAUCAAUUCUAUUCAUGGUAUAUGGAUUCUGAUUUAUUUUCUGAAUCGGAUUUAGGCAACGAAGAGGAAACUGAACCAAGUUUUCAGUUAAAGCUUCCAAUUAACAAUAGCACAGAAGAAAAAGUAGUUCUGUCAAACAGUUGUACUAUUUCUACAAAGCAACUCUCAGAAAACUCUUUAGAAACAUCAGCUAAUGUUCCUACAUCUUCAAAACAAAAUACUUCACCAGACACUAAAGUAAUCCAAAAAGAAAACAGGAAAAAUUCAGAAGACCUGAUAUCUGAAAAUCAUGAAUUUUUACAGAUAUCUGAAGAUUCAGAAACAGAUUCUAGAACAUUUUACAAUCUUGCAGCGAAGUAUAUUACUAAGCACUUGGUAAAAGCUGCUCUUAAAGCAGGUUCUAGAAAUAAUGUUUCUGUACUGCUAGCUCUCUUAAAUGGAUGUGAUAACAUACCCACUGAUGUGUUGAUGGGAAACACUGACAUAAUGCAUAAAAAAUAAACACUUGUUUAAAAAGAACGAUUACUAUGUUGCUUAAAAAGAAUGAUUACCAGAUUUCCUUUUAUACCACUUUAUUCAAACCUGAGCACCUCAAUAUAAAACUAAACACUGGUGAACUGUCAUUUUUCUUGCUAAGCCCAAAUUAUUGCAAAUUUACAUCUGCACAUGUAAGUUUUUGCUAGCAGUUCAACAUUUAAAUAGAUUAAAUCAUCUUUUCGGACACGUGGUAGAUUUCAUAUAAUGAAAAUAACUAAAGAAUUAGUGCAAUAUACUGGAUAAAUCAAAAUAAAAUGGACUUUGGGAAACAAUGUAGCAGAAUUCAUUACAGAUAGACAGUUGUAUUUAUGUUACAGGUACAAGAGCAUAUUUUAUUAUUGUUCUACCCAUGAAGGAAGAACUUAAUCCCCCUUGUGAUCUGGGGAAAACAAAACGUUAGCUCUUUUAAGUAACUGUACAUAUUGUAUACUUUUAAGCAAUUCUUAAAUAGUACAGAGUAAAACAGACGUAGACUACAAUGCAGUACCCUAUUUACAGUACAUUGACAUACCAAUUUAAAAUCAAGUUGAAUGUACAUAAUUUUUAGUGCUCUGACCAGUUACAUUCUUAGGGAAAAGGUAAUUGUAUUAAUGGUCAACACUGAUUAAAAUCAAAAUCAGCUACCUAGUUUUUAUAAGAUAUGUCUCAAUAGUUUGUUAAGAAAUAUGUUGUGUUGCAUCAGAAGUUGAAUUCAUUGGUUGUGACAUUUUAAAAGCAGAAAAAAUGUGUGAAGCUUGAUUUUUUUUAAAAAAUUAAACUGGGUUUUGACAAAUUUAUAUAUAGUGUAAUAAAACUAAA